AUGGAUGAUGCGAGCUCGCAGGAGCUGCUGCUACUGCCUCUGGGUUUUGGCUGGACUGGAGAGACAGAGAGUGUAUUUAAGAGUGGCCCUCUCUUCAUAUCAUCCAAAGGAAUUGGAUGGAAAUCUUGGAAAAAGCGCUGGUUCAUCCUCACCCGAACAUCGCUGAUUUUCUUCAAGAAUGACCCUAAUUCCUUACCCCAAAGAGGUGGUGAAGUGAACGUUACUUUGGGAGGAAUUGACUUAAAUAAUUCUGGGAGUGUCAUACUAACAGUAUUUCCCGUUCACAGUGUAGUGGUUAGGGAAGACAAAAAGUUAUUGACCGUCCUAUUUCCAGAUGGUCGUGAUGGUCGUGCUUUUACCUUGAAGGCAGAAACAUCUGAAGAUUUGCUUGAGUGGAAAACGGCAUUGGAAGAAGCUCUUGCACAGGCUCCAAAUGCAGCUCUCGUGAUUGGACAUAAUGGGAUAUUCCGGAGAGAGAAGAGGCCUACCAAAUCCUUGGUUGUUGGAAGGCCAAUUCUUCUUGCACUAGAAGAUAUUGAUGGCAGCCCUUCUUUUCUAGAAAAAGCUUUGUGUUUUCUUGAGAAACAUGGGAUAAAGGUGGAGGGAAUUUUGCGUCAGGCUGCAGAUGUGGAGGAGGUUGACAGAAGAAUGAAUGAAUAUGAGCAAGGAAGGACUGAGUUUGCACCGGAUGAGGAUGCUCAUGUUGUCGGUGACUGUGUAAAGCAUGUUCUGCGUGAGCUACCAUCUUCUCCAGUGCCUGCUUCCUGCUGCACAGCAUUAUUAGAAGCUUUCCGUCUAGAGAGUAAGGAAUCUCGGAUAAAUUCGAUGCGUGCAGCGAUGUCUGAGACAUUUCCCGAGCCUAAUAGGCGGCUGUUACAGAGAAUUUUGAGGAUGAUGCACACUGUUGCUUCUCAUACUACUGAGAAUCGAAUGACUCCAUCAGCAGUUGCUGCUUGUAUGGCUCCUCUCUUGCUGCGUCCACUUCUGGCGGGUGAAUGUGAGAUGGAAGAUGACAUAGACAUGAGUGAUGACAAUUCUGCUCAGCUCAUAGCUGCUGCAAAUGCUGCUAACAAUGCUCAAUGCAUUGUCACAACUCUAUUAGAGGAAUAUGAGAGCAUAUUUGAUGAUGAACACCCAAGGUGUUCCCUCUCACCCGAUUCUCGAAUUCAAGAUAGUGGAAGUGAGUCUACAGAUGAUGAAACUGUGGAUGCCAAAGAUAAUGGAUUUCAUGAUGCAGAGAAUGAUGUAGAUCAAGAAUUAGAUGAGCGUAUACUGAGUGGAAACUUGAGUGAAAGCAGUGCAUGUACUGGUGCUGACCUCUAUGACUACCAGGUAGACCCUGGUGAUUCAGACGCCGAACGUUUUGUCACAGAUAAGGCUUUGGAAGCAAAGUCGGAUUUAAAGGAUGCUCCACACAGCCAUUUAAAUCAAAAUGGGACGAUAAAUGUCCAGAGAUUACCGAAUGGAAAUGAUCCAACAAAUCUGGUUUCCAGUCAUGAGUCUCCAUUGUCAAUGGGAGAGAUUCUUUCGUCUUUGGAUGCAGGAGUUCCUUUACCUGGUCCUGGAGCUGAACAUUCUGCAGAUAGGCAGUCCAAGUCCAAUGAAACUCAGUUACAUGUGAAGCGUUCUAAUAUUUGGGGACGGAGUAAUUCAUGGUUUUGGAAUAAAUACACUACUCUAGUUACUCUUGAAGAAGCAUCUGUAGUUGUCUACUGUAGCUUCUGUUUUGACCUUGUGGAUCUAAACAUGUGGUUUACACAGGCAAGAAAGAGCCAGCAGUCAGAGUUUGUUGAUUCAUCGGGUGAAGAAGAGCUUGCUAUCCAAAGACUUGAGAUUGCAAAGAAUGAUCUGCAAAUUAGGAUUGCGAAAGAGGUAUCAAGGUUGCAAGAGCAGCUGCAGGCUGAAAGGGAUCUUAGAGCUGCAUUAGAAGUUGGAUUAAGCAUGUCUUCUGGACAAUUUUCUGGUUCACGUGCUAUGGACUCAAAGACGAAGGCAGAGCUUGAGGAGAUUGCUCUCGCAGAAGCUGAUGUUGCAAGGUUAAAGCAGAAGGUUGCAGAGCUGCAUGUCCAACUUAGUCAACAGCGCCAACACCAGUACGACUCUCUCGUAGACGAGAAUGAUCGUUAUCAGCAUCGUUCAAGUCAUCUCCCACAGAGCUUUGUUCAACCAGGGUUUGAUACUAAACUUGCUUUCUGUAAUCAAGAGAAGAAGCAGAGGAACGAGGAGAGCUUGUCGGGCGCAUCACACUGGAGAAGUAUCAAACAGCACGUGCUGACCCAGGCUUCUUCGAAGCCCUUCUCCCGCAAGCACUCCUUGGAUGCCUCUUCGAGCGAUUCAAGGGAGACGUCGUCAAGCAUGCCAGCGGAGAGCGGUGCAAUGUCCGCGAACAAUCCAAGAGCAGGGGAGGCUGUCGAGUACGGGAGGCAACCACCCGUGCCGUCGUCCACCCUGGUUGAGCUGACGACCAGACUAGAUUUCUUCAAAGAACGGAGGUCGCAGUUGAUGGAACAGCUCCACAGUCUUGAUUUGGGACAUGGAUCCGCGCCGCAUGGUUUUCAGUACAAGUCUUCGUCCCCUUGGAACAGUCCGAGAUAG